AUGGCCAAGCACGCCCAACCCACAUUGCCAUGUUUCCUCAAGCUCAAGGUCGAGCCGUCAGCUGCACCAGGCUCGGUGGUUGUGAAAACUGAGCCUGGGGGUGACCCAGGCUCGGGGGCUAGCUCGGCUAGUUCGUUGGGCGGAAGCGGCCCCCUUUCGAGCGACAAGGCGAAGUACAACAAGUUCAACUACAGGCUCAAGCUGUGCGGCGACGAGUACAAGGAUUACUACAAGAAGCUUGUGAAAUCCAAGGACCAGGCGGCCAUCGAUACGUUCGUCACCGACUUGAUUGAAAUGGGCGCAAAUCUACCAAGCGAUUAUCUCGUUCGCAAGAGGAAGGUCGUGGAGGAGAAGGAGCACGACGACUUUGUCGAGUGGGUGCCCUGGGCGAAGGCCGCUGAGCGGGAGGGGCACGAGUGUCUCCUGGAGAUGGUGCAAGCUGGUACUGUCUUGAGCCGCAAGAACCCCAAGCUGCCUGCAGACUCCAAGAUCGAGUUCCCCUUCAACCAGCAGGUCAAGCAGCAGAGGGAGGUCGAGCACAAGAAGAACAAGACGAUCGAUGAGAGGGAGAAUGCUACGCAUGAGGCAGUGACCAGCGACGGCAGCGAGGCGUUCCUGAAGGAGUUCACGCACGCGUCCAUCAAGGCCAACUCGGUUCUCAAAGAGGGCUCUGGAAAUCCGCCCACUACCGCGCCAGUGUCCGUGCUCUCUGGAGCCAGCGUGGCAGGGAGCGGGACCCAUCCGCCCGACGAUCCAAAGGUGAAAGUGGCCAUUCAAGCGAUUCGGAGAUCCCACAACGUUUGGGAUCGGUCUCUCCGCGAUUUCGCAGCACUCGUACAGAAAUCCAAGGAUCAUCCAAACACGCAAGGGUGCAAAUUCGAGAAGGAUCUCGAGUCGAUCUCCUCCCAGGGCGAUCUUAUCGACAAGAAGCUGGUCAGCUUGGAGCAGAAGUACAUGAACACAGGGACCCUCGACGACGACGAUAUCAAGCUGGGGGCCGAGCAGGUGAGUGCAAUUCAGGAUGUGGUCAAGCAGGGGAACAAGAGGGCAACCGCCCUGCGCCCCUGGUUCAAA